AUGGAGCUUGAAAUUGCAUUUGUGUCAUCAUUGAACAACCUUGAACAGGCAAGGCAUUUUGCUAAGGAAAAUGUUUUAGAUUGGUUCGGCUCAGCCAGAGCACUCUCCAGACUUUCUGAUGAUGAAACAUCUUCAGUUGCAUCAACUGAUAGUGGUGCAUCCACCAGAAGAAGAAAAAGGGAAUCAGGAACAUCAUCAGCUACUCAGGAGACAGAAACGGAGGCGGAAUUUCCAAGUCAGUCCUCGGUGCAAGAUGAUGACGAAAGAACCGACGAUACUCCUUUUGUAAAAUCAGAAGAAAUUGAAGACCAUAGUUACUCCAAACCUAAAGCUCAAGAAGGUAAAGCUGAAGUGAAGUUAGAAGUGAAAACGGAACAUUUAGCCAAACCAGAGUGUCAAGAUCUAAAGGAGGACUCUGAUGAUGAAAUGGAGUGUGAAGGCUACCCUACAGGAAACUAUGAUGAGGAAGAAGAUGCCUACAGUCUUAUAAAUGGUCGACCUUUGACUGUGGAGAAAGUCCCCCAAAUAUCCAAAAAGCCAAAACUGAUAAGAACAAGACCAUUGCUCAAUGAUGCAGAAUCGAAAUCUGAGAAGACUGAGGCAGAGUUGGAGGAUGAGGCAGAGCUGGAGGAGAAAAAAGAAAAUGAACAAAUGAAAGAAGCUGAGUCCCCCAAAGAAAUGAAAGAGGAGGAGGAGGAGGAUGGUGAUUGCGACGAAGCAGAGGAGGAUGAUGGGGAUAAUCAUAAUCAUGAUGAUGAUGAUGAUGAUGAUAAUGAUAAUGAUGAGGAGGAAGAAGUAACUAUGCCUGCUGAUGAUGAUGAUGAGGAUGAAGAGGAAGAAGAGGAAGAUGAAGAGCUAGGCAGACUACAGUUGAGUACUACUGAAGGAGAAGAUGCGCAAGAUGAAGAUGAUAAAGAAGAAGAACAAGAAGGUCAAACAAUGAAGGGAAAUGAAAGUGAGAGUGAGGAGGAGAAGGAAGAGGAAAAUAUAUUGAAGCUGGGAUUAAAAGACAGCUUAUUAUCAAGUGAGACCAAACUAAAGAAAGAUGAAGGUGAAUUGGAGAAGGAAAAAGAUAUUAGUGAAAGUGAUGUAGCCAUUGCUUGUCAUAAAGAGGACAUUAGUAAUAGUAGUACUAGUAGUCACUGUGAUAAAACCUUACAAGGUGAUGACAGAUUUUUGUCAAACAAACCAAACAGGUCAUGA